GAAUUACCAAAAUUAGAAACUGGUCAACUGGGGAUUGGCAACCGGGCUCUCCUUCCCAAUUGGUCCCCAUGCGAUUUGCUUGUCCGCCAUGGGAGGCUAGCUCAAGCCUCUUCCUCAGAGUUGAUAAAUAGCCCGCCACUCUCGAUCACUUGUCACUAGACUACACCGCGCCCAUGCCGGUGUGGUCGCCUAGCUCGUGAUCCUGUUCUCCUGGCCACAAGUUGCGGUUCGGAGAUCUCUGGUACGUCUGGCGCAGCCAUCGGAACCCAUACUUUGUCCUUGACUCAGUUGCGUGCUGGUUCCUCCUGUGGUUCCAUGACAUGUGCACGGGCCAUGCUCGACGAAAUGGGUUUGAGAAGUUAUGUUACAUGGUAGUCGCCGUCCUUGGGCUUGUCAUGGUCGAUUGAGAAGACUGGUAUUGGUUCCUGAGCAUGGCUGGGUCGGGGAAGACUGUUGUUUGGUUCAGGAGAGACCUCAGGAUCCACGAUAACCCGGCCUUGGCAGCUGCGGCGAAAGAGGGCUCUGUCCUCCCUCUCUUCAUAUGGUGUCCUGCUGACUACGAGCAGUAUUACCCUGGAAGGUGCUCCCGGUGGUGGCUCAAGCAGUCCCUUGCCCACCUUGGGAAGUCACUAGAGUUGCUCGGGUGCCCACUCGUGCUGAUCCGUGCGGAGGACAGCACUCUUGCAACUCUUUUGGAGUGCGUCCAUUGCAUCAGUGCCACUAGAGUCGUUUAUAAUCGUCUCUACGACCCUAUUUCACUUGUGCUUGACGACAAAAUCAAGAAUGAGCUUUCAGCCCAUGGCAUAUCUGUCCAAAGUUUCAAUGGUGAUCUACUUUACGAGCCGUGGGAUGUUUAUGAUGAGAAUGGGCAGGCAUUUACAUCCUUUAACAAGUACUGGGAGAAAUGCAUGAAUGUUCCUAUUGAGAUAUCACAAUAUCUUGCACCUACGAGGCUGGUGGCAGCGCCAGGUCUAGCGAAUGUUCGCUGUUGUUCAAUUGAUGAUCUAGGUCUUGAAUCUAGUAAGGAUGUGGAAUCAAGCAAUGCUUUGCUAAGCAGGGCCUGGUCUCCUGGCUGGCGCAAUGCAGAGAAUAUGCUUGAGGAAUUUUUGUCAUGUGGUCUCCUAGAAUAUUCAAAACACGGUAUGAAGGUUGGGGGAACUACAACGUCAUUAUUGUCACCAUAUCUCCAUUUCGGGGAGUUGAGUGUAAGGAAGGUUUAUCAACUUGUUACAAUGCAUCAUGUCAAGUGGCAAAAUGAAGGAAAAUCUGAAGCUGAGGAGAGUGUUCGAUUGUUCCUAAGAUCAAUUGGUUUUCGGGAAUAUUCACGGUACUUAUGUUUUAACUUCCCAUUCACGCACGAGAGAUCAUUUCUGGGUAACUUGAAGCAUUAUCCCUGGCUAUUGGAUGAGGACCGUUUCAAAUCUUGGAGACAGGGAAUGACUGGAUACCCAUUAGUAGAUGCUGGCAUGAGAGAACUCUGGGCUACUGGUUGGACACAUAAUCGGAUAAGAGUGAUUGUUUCAAGUUUCGCUGUAAAAUGUCUACAGAUACCCUGGAUUUGGGGAAUGAAGUACUUUUGGGAUGUGCUUCUGGAUGCAGACCUAGAAAGUGAUAUUCUUGGUUGGCAGUAUAUAUCUGGGAGUUUGCCUGAUGGACAUGAGCUCAGCCGUCUUGAUAAUCCAGAGGUUCAGGGUCAAAAGUACGAUCCAGAUGGUGAAUAUGUAAGAACUUGGAUUCCUGAACUUGCUAGAAUGCCAACAGAAUGGAUCCAUUGUCCAUGGAGUGCUCCUAACUCUAUAUUACAAGUUGCUGGAGUUGAGUUGGGCUUUAACUACCCUAAGCCCAUAGUAGAACUUCAUAUGGCGCGGGAAUGCUUAGAUGACGCCAUCUCCACAAUGUGGCAACUGGACACAGCUGCAAAACUUGCUGCACUAGAUGGUGAAGUUGUGGACGACAAUCUGAAUAAUAUCAGGAGUUUUGAUAUCCCAAAGGUUGUUUUGAAGAAGAAAUUAUCUCCAAGCACUUCAUCGAUGAACAAAAGGGUGCUGUCUACUAAUGGCAAGAACGAAAAGUCACAGCCUACUGAAGUGAAGGCCCCGUACAAACAGAUUAUUCGAGAUGAUAUGAUCAAUGCCUCAAACAUGGAUGACACCGGCUCUACUGCUAACUUGCAAGUGACAAGGAAAAGAUCUCGCAGUGAUAGUGCUUUCAAUGUUCCGUCAUCUUCAUCCUCACUAGUCAUGGAAUCACGGAUUCAUGAUAAUGACAGUUGUUCUGUUCGGUAUUCAGGCUACCUCCAGCAGACAGCAGACAGGGAUGACACUGAUAAGGUUGAAGAUAACGACAGUGAAGAUAGUGGUACGAGCAUCUCUAGGCCAUCCAAGAGACCUGCUUAGCACUAGCGCAUUGAAGAUGUUGCAAAUCUCUGAUGGGAACUAUUUGCCGUCACAUGUAAUUUUUUGGGUGCUUUUUUAUUGAUCAUGUAAAAGUUAUUCUGUAAUUUAUAACUAGUUUGACACCGCCAACCCUUACUCCGAUAGGAGGCAACUUUUGUUUGAUUGAAGUACAUUGCUCACUGACAUGCCAUAGUUUGGGGCCGCUGCUUAACUGUCUUUAUUUAGCCUCGUUUAAAUGGCUACCAAGCCAACGGUCCAUGUUGGGAGUAUCAGCUUACAAGAUAGUUCAAAGCAUUUAGGCCAAGGGUUUGAUCAUCACAGUUGGAUCAAUUGGAUGUUCGGCCUUCAGUGUUUACGAGGAGUGAUUCGGUUAGAGCUGAAGGUCUGAGUUGAGUCUUGGGGUUAAAACCUUGUUUUGUUUUCUAUUUGACGCAAGUGUGCGUUUAAACUCUGUAUGAACCUGAAGUUGUUGCUUUCUGAAAUACAAAAGCAGGGGAAAUCUUUCAUUAAAAAA